CAAUCGAAUCACCAUCAUCUAGAAUCAUCAUCAUCUUGUCUUGGUGUAUCUAUAAUCCGGCGCUUUACCUGCUGCUUUCAACGCAGUUCACUACCUCAGUCAAGCAGAGGUAUCUCUUCUGUUACUUAGCCGGACACAACCACCAUUUCAACUGACAACACGCGCGACCUCUGCUCCUCCCGUGCGAGUCACUCCUCCAUCGCAGCUUCGGACUGUACGUAUCGCCUCCGCCGUGCUCCAGACACGAGAAUAUCAUGUCACUAGUCCUUUCUGUGAUGAUUUCGUAACGCGCUGCAUCCAAGCGGUCCCCUGUCUCCGAGUCGAUCACCUCAAUUCCAACUCUUUGUAAUCUUCCAUCAUGCCGAGCUAUCGCAAUAGCAACAAGCGAACCCUCGAAGAGGUCGCCAUGGCGGAAGACCCUGAGGAUUUUGACUACGAUGAUCGCGCCACCAGACCGUCAAGGCCUCGCCCAAGCAAGUCUCGUCGAACAGGUCCACCAGCGCGAAAGAAGCAAAAACGUGGAUACAGAGGCUCGGACAUUGAUACUGAUGGCGAGGAAAUCUCUUCUGACGAAGAUUCCCUCCUAGAAGAAGAGUCUGAGGAAGAAGAGGUCGAGACAAACGAAAGAGGUCGACCGGUCCGCAAAAGUGCCAAGAAGACUGUAACAUAUGAAGAGUCAGACGAAUCUGAGGACGAGCUGAUUAGGUCACCCUCGAGUGCACCUGAAACUCCGCCCAAGAGACACAGCAAACACCUUAUAGUGACCCUCAAGACAACUCCAAUGGCGACUCGGGAAUCUACACGCACCCGAAACUUCGGCGCAAAGCAACCAUCGACUUCUGCCGCUCAACCCCCAGAACUUCAUAGAAGAAGAAGCAGCCGUCUUUCUCAUGACCCGGAAGAGCCUCUAGUCGCUCUGACUGAUUCUGGCCACCACGCUCAGGUCAUUCGAGCCAGUUCGCGGGAUCCGGACAAUUCAGAUGACGCGGUCCCGCCACGGGCGACAAGAGGCGGAAAGAGCUUGAAAUACCCAUCCAAGAGCACAAUCGAUGAAGAAUCACAACAAGCAGUGAAGCAUGAGCAGGCAGAAGAGGACGGGGAAGGCGCCGAGCCUGUAGGUGAAGAAGUACUAGAAAUCGAAGCUUCGCAACAUGAAAUGCUUGAGAGUGAUGCUCAGGGGGCGGAAGAGGAGGUCGAUCAGGCAACCCCCAAAUUGCUGUCAGACCUCUUUGAUCAUGCUGAAGCUGAAAGUGACGGAGAUGAUGAUUUUGCAGCAGAACAGGCCCCUGCCACUCAAGAGGAGGCGCCAGCCGAAGAGGUUGCAGCUGAGGACGAGGACGAGGACGAGGACGAGGACGAGGAUGAUGUUGUUCCUCGGGGACGACUGACUAGAGGUGCCUCCAAGAGACAGGCCGAGUCUCCUCCGUUCGACCCUGCACAGUCAUCGAGGCGCUUGCGUGGACGUGCUUUACGGAGCGGAGCGAAGCAAGCUGCAUCUCGGAGUCGCCGGCGCAAAACACAAGCGGAAAGCAGUGAUUUUGACCCAGAAGAAGAACAAGCAGCCCAAGACGAUCUAUCCAGCAGUAGCGCAUCUGAAGCUUCGCCUCAAAAGCCCGAUGACUAUGAUAGUAGCAACAACGGGCGUAGAUCAACGCGUCUUCGAAGCAAGGCAGUCUCGCGUCAGAGAUCGGAAGCUAGUGAUGCUGAUGAGCUUGCUGCAGAAGUCGAGGAGCUCAAGCGAGACGAAAAGAAGAAACGCCGUGAGCAAGAGAAAAUUGUUUUCGAGCCGCGGCAACGAAGAGGCGGCAAGAAGCCGAAUUAUGACCUGCUUAGGAACUUGGCACCCAUUGAAGACGAGGAAGAGCCUGCGCCAUCUCCAUCGCAACGACCACGGAGGGCAGCAGGCGGCGGAUGGCAGAGAAGUCUCUUCAAUACCUAUGGGCCCUUCGGUGGAGGCGGCGGUGCUGCACCAGUCCUUGGAGGCGGUCCUCCACGGGCUCAAGGCGACGUCGAUUCAGACAGCAGUGACGACGAAGUCAUGAAGCGACCAAGACCUGUGGGUGGCACAGUAGGAAUGACGCCAACCACUGGCGGUGCCUUCAAUUUAUUCCCGCAAACACACAAUGCAGAUCCUGCGCAAGCGGCUGGUGGCACUCCAGCAAAUUUGGGCAAACUCAAAGACAAACAGGCACUUGCAGAUGCGGAUCCUUUGGGGGUUGACCAGAACGUCAACUUUGACGGCGUUGGCGGCCUUCAGGGACACAUUGAUCAACUGAAGGAGAUGGUAGCCCUGCCUCUUCUCUAUCCAGAGAUUUUUGCACGCUUCAAAAUCACCCCUCCUCGUGGUGUUUUGUUUCAUGGUCCACCUGGAACAGGUAAAACAUUGCUCGCCCGAGCUUUAGCUACCAGCGUAAGCUCGCAAGGGCGAAAGGUCACCUUCUACAUGCGUAAAGGUGCAGACGCGUUGAGUAAAUGGGUUGGUGAAGCCGAAAGACAACUGCGGUUGCUAUUCGAAGAAGCUCGGAAAAACCAGCCUAGUAUCAUUUUCUUUGAUGAGAUCGAUGGUCUUGCCCCGGUUCGGUCUAGCAAACAGGAGCAAAUUCAUGCAUCCAUCGUGUCCACUCUACUGGCUUUGAUGGAUGGUAUGGAUGGGAGAGGUCAAGUCAUAGUCAUUGGUGCGACUAAUCGACCUGAUUCAAUCGAUCCUGCUCUCAGACGACCUGGGAGAUUCGACCGAGAGUUCUACUUCCCUCUACCGAAUACUGAUGCGCGAAGAGCCAUCAUUGACAUUCAUACCAGAGGCUGGGAUCCUCCUCUUCCGGACCCAAUCAAGGCUGAGCUAGCUAAGUUGACAAAGGGUUACGGUGGUGCAGACCUACGUGCACUGUGCACCGAAGCUGCUCUCAAUGCGGUUCAGCGCCGUUAUCCACAAAUAUACACCUCGACAGAAAAGCUGCUGAUCGAUCCCAAGACGAUUGAGGUGACGCCCAAGGAUUUUAUGAUUUCACUAAAGAAAAUGACACCUUCUUCGGAGCGAUCAACAUCCUCUGGAGCCUCUCCACUGCCCCCUAAUGUGGAGCCACUGCUACGAAACCAACUCGCAGAGAUAGAGAAGCUUCUGGCUGAUGCGCUACCGCGAAAGAAGCGGCUUACUGCAUUGGAAGAAGCCCAGUACGAAGAAGUUGCUGAUGGCCAUAGCUUUGGUCGAGAAAAGAUGCAACAAGCAUUCGAGACGUCUCGAGUCUUUCGUCCGCGCUUGCUCAUACAGGGCAAAAUUGGAAUGGGUCAACAAUACCUUGCUGCUGCUCUCCUCAAUCAUUUUGAAGGUCUCCAUGUGCAAGCAUUUGAUCUACCCACGCUGCUGAGUGACACAACAAGCUCAGCUGAAUCGACCCUGACGAGACUCUUCUCUGAAGUCAAGAUGCACAAACCAAGUGUGAUAUACAUUCCAGAUGUUCAAGAAUGGUGGGAUCGAGUCGGAGAGACUGUUCAUGCGAUCUUUCUGGGUCUGUUGAGAGCUGUCAAACCGACAGACCCUGUAUUGCUGCUCGGCUACACCGAAGGAAACCCCGAUGACAUUGACGAAAGUAUGAGGCGGGUCCUUUUUGGAUACUCUCCCAAGAACCAAUUCCAAUUGGAAGUUCCUAAUCACGGUGAGCGAUAUGAGUUCUUUCGAGUUCUCAAGGACUACAUCAAGACUGCUCCCAAUGACUUUCCCGACCCGGAAAAUCGUAAGAAGCGUGAGCUGGAAAGAUUACCAGUGGCACCCGUGGAAGAGAAAAAACCGCCACCAAUGUCCAAGGAAGAACUCAAAGCACAAAAGAAGAAAGAUCGACUCACUCUCAACAUGCUCAAACUCCGUCUACAGCCUAUUAUGGAUCAAAUCCGGACCAAAUACAAGAAAUUCCGAACUGGAGUGAUCGACGAGAGCCAGAUUCGCUAUCUCUACGAUGAGGCCGACCCAGCUACUGUCACUUCUGACCUGCAAGCCGAAGUCUUAGCUCAUGCCUCGUACAGACCUUUCGAGAUCGGCAAGGAUGCUCAUGGUGUGUUGGGUCUUGUGGACCAGGGUAAUGACAAUUUUUAUUAUAACCUUGAUUCCGUGACCAUCGAAAAGCGUUUAAGCAAUGGUUACUAUAAACGACCGAAGGAUUUCCUCGCCGAUAUCAAGCGUUUGGCAAAAGAUGCCAAAAUGAUUGGUGAUGAAGAUCGGUUACUCAAGGCAAAUGAGCUUGUGGCCAACGUUGAGGUCGACAUUGCAGCCAUCGAGAUGGGGGAGCCCACUUUGAACGCCGAAUGUGAACGAGUCUACGAGCGUGAGCUGGCCCGAGAGAAAGAGGUGUUGGACAAGGCAAAAGCGAUGAAUGAGCAGAGCCAGGAAAUGCCUCCGCCUCAGACUAUUUCGAACGUUGCUCAUGGCAAUUCUGGACCCUCUGUUGCCACGGAAUCUACCGGCCCGGUGCUUCUGGGCGAGCCGAUGCAACGACGCCGUGAUUUCGCGCAACGUCUGGCCCCUGCCACAAUAGAUGGCGCAGAUUCUGCUUCUGUGCUGACCAACGGCCUACACCCCCAUGAGAAUCUCGCGCAGGACGACAUCACCAAUGGCGCUUCGCAAGCAGAUGCCGAAGGUGAUACGCCAAUGGGCGGCGUUGAUUCUCACCCUACGUCCAACGACAAGACCAAUGACACCCAAAGAACGCAUACGACGAGUUCAUAUGGUAAUCGUGAAUCCGCACAGCCUAGACCCCUUCAUACCUGGACCGCACCUUCGCAACAAUUGCUCAAAGAAUCGGGCAUAUCGGCACCACGAUCUCAAACUGGCCCAUUCACUCCCAUGCCUCAUGGCAGCCAGGCUGCUGAUCUCCAAAACGACGCAAGCACAACCGAAACCCCGACCGAGAAGAAGACAUCGUCCGGUGACCUGGAUCGGCACACCCCGCCCCUGCUAGGACCCAAUCUAUUCGAACACCCAGAGACUCGGUCUGCCGCAGGUAGCCAGAUCCCCUCGACCCAAGGUACGCGCGUCCCGCUCAAAGGCCCUUUUUCGAAUGUGACUUGUGCCCCAUUCUCCCGUGUUCUCAACGUCGCAGCUCCCGCUUCGACGGCGUCGACUUCUCCGCCUCCCUCCAGGUCUGAGUCUCCCCAUGGCUCCAGAUCAUAUGGAGGAUUGUCAACGCGUGCUCUGUUCUCCAAGCUAAUCAAUUUUGGUCCCGCAGGAAAUGUGCCCGCUUCCCAAGAUGUGGCGGAUCCACUCGCCGGCGCCACCCAUAUCCGACCCUCUUCUUCGCCCUCACAAGGUCAAGGCCAAGGUCAAGGCCAGGGCCAGGGCCAGGGCCAAGGGGCAUCAUCUUCACAGCCACCGAUUCCACAAUUCAACGAGCAGCGACGACCGUCACAAUCGAACGGCGCCGUCGGUAUUCACGGCCUCCUGAACCCUUCAGGGUCGUCACCGACAACCAGCACCGCGGCCACCACGACGCGACCGAAUCUCGUCCAGGUCGAGGAGCGGAUAUUGGACAAUUUCAUCGCCGAGAUCACCGACCGAUCGACCAACCUGUCGGUCGAGCAGUUGGAGCAGGUGAAUUCCGUGCUCAUGGAUACGUUGUGGGCGACGCGCGGAGUCUGGGACCGCGGAGAGGUUCUGCGAAGCAUGGGCGAGAGUUUCAACAUGGUCCUGGACGACAUGAGGAAGGCUGGACAGGAAGUACCCGAGUCCGGAAGUUGGGGGAGAAAGGAGUGAUUGAUUUUGAGAGGAUGCGUUUUGGCGUGCUGCUGCUGCUGCUGCUGCCGUCGAUGUGCUUCUUGUUUUUUUUUUUGGUAGAAAAAAACACCCCUUCCCUUGUGCUUUUCGGUCUUUUAUGAGAUGAGGAACGGGCGCGGGUAGAUAUGGCGUUCUUCGGCUUGUUUCUUUUUUACUCACGAAGGAACCACCAACGUUUGCAUACUCGGAGCACAAGGGCCGGCCUCCUUUCGAUGGGACAAUGGAGGGUUCCGAGGGGAUUUGGAGAAUGGGCCGCGCUGCACUUCACCAUGGGACGUUAUAACACAUGUGCUGCUUUCCGGGCGGCGUGCGUGCUUUUGGGCAGGCGGCGGGCAUUUUAUAUGGCUUAUGCGGUAUGGCAAUGUGAAAAUCAAACAACUCCCCAACAAACACAACACAUGAACAUGACAUGACUCAAGUACAG